ACGGAAAAACACUUUAAACUUGAACAUUUCAAUUCAAUCUUCUUUCCUUUCUUUCAAAAUCCACUACUAACAUAAAUAAACAUCAAAAUUUAAAACUAUUUUUUCUCUCUUUUUUCUCUCUCCUCCUAAGCUAACACCACAGAGGUCGGCCAUGGCUUCUUCUUCGGAUGAACAACAUCAACAAAAACAACCUCAAGAACAACAACAAUCUUCAGAUGAAACUGCUUCUGAAAGUGUUCUUCACAAAACCAAGACAAUCAAUUUCUUCGGUCGUUCUACUCCUAUUAUUCUUCAAAACGACAAUGGACCUUGUCCUCUCAUCGCUAUCUGUAAUGUACUGCUGUUGAGGAAUGAAUUGAAUUUGAGUGCUGAUGUAAGUGAAGUUUCACAGGAGAAGCUACUUUCAUUAGUUGCUGAGAGAUUGCUUGAUUCAGACAACAAUAACAAUAAUAAAGAUGCAGGUUAUGUUGAAAACCAACAACAAAAUAUUUCUGAUGCGAUAAACUUGCUGCCACGGCUUACGACUGGCAUUGAUGUAAAUGUCAAAUUUGAUAGGAUUGAUGCUUUUGAGUUUACUCCAGAGUGUGCAAUAUUUGAUCUUCUGGGUAUCCCAUUGUAUCAUGGUUGGUUAGUUGAUCCUCAGGAUCAUGAGACUGCUGAAGCAAUUGGAUCAAAAUCUUAUAAUACUCUUAUGGGGGAUCUUGUUGCCUUGGAAACAUGGAAAAUGGAGAAUGUGGGAAAGGAUAAAUCUGAUGAAGACUGCAUUGAUUUUGCGGCUGCAACUACUGCAGCCUUGGGUGUUCCUUCACCUAGUCUUUCAAGGGCUAAGUCUUUUGACGAGUCUCCACGUUCUGCUUCUGAUCAACAAAUAUUUGGAAAAAGAGAUGCUGAGGAAGAGGCACAAUUGUUAGAAGUGUUGAAAUUAUCGAAGGUCGAUCUACCUUCUAAUAUAGAAGCAGUCCCUGCAGGAGAUGUAGUGAUAUCUUUUGAUGAGAAUGUGCAUGUGUCGAAGUCACUUGUUAAUUCUGCUCAUGUAUGUGAAGGACAUAGCACCAAUGGACCAUUAGAUGUAGAGCCUUCUGUAUCAGGCAAUGAUGAAGUGCAUGACCAUUUUGAUAGAAAAUUAGUUUCAUCUGAAAAAGAUGAUGACCAAUUAUUUCCUACAUUGCUUGGAGAAGUUUCCUUGUCAAAUGAUUUGGCAGAAUGCAAGCUUGACACAGCGAUUCUUAGUGACACUACUCCAGCAAAAGAUGCAGUAAAUGAUCAAGAAGCUGAAAGCUUGUCUACUCCUGUAAUUGAUGUCAGUGAGGGGUUGCAUAAACUAUCUUUAGAACAAACUUCUAGUCAGAUUGCAGGUCAUGCUGAUUAUGAGCCAUCUAGUGGCUCAAUGCCCAGCAUUGAAGCAGUUGAAUCUUUUACGUCGAGUCUUGAUGGAAGUGAACCUAUAUAUGAAGGGGAGGAGUGUAUCCUGGAUCCAGUAAAAACACUCUGUGAAGAUCGAGAACCUGUCUAUGAAGGUGAGGUGGUUUUGGCUGAACAGGCUGACAAUGGAGUUAAAGAUGCCUCUGAUGUGAGUCCCAAGCAUGGAAUAUCACUUAGACAGGGGGAACUUAUUGACAACUUUUUGAAAAGCAAUGCCAACCAGUUGACUUUUUAUGGCUUAUUUUGCUUGCAAGCUGGUCUCGAUGACCAUAAGCUUUGUGUUUUUUUUCGAAAUAAUCAUUUCAGCACAAUGUUUAAGCUGGAUGGUGAACUCUAUCUUUUAGCCACAGAUCAAGGAUACAUGAAUCAGCCUGACUUAGUUUGGGAAAAGUUGAAUGAGGUCAAUGGAGAUACACUGUUCAUGACUAGUAAUUUCAAGGAAUUUAGGCUGGAAAGCAGUUCAAAUGGUACAUGGGAUCAACAGAAUGCUGUAGCUAAUACUGCUGACUAUCUGGCCAGCAUUGAUAACUCAACAACGAAUGACUCAAAUAUGAAUUCCGAUCUACAAUUGGCAAUCGCUUUGCAACAACAGGAGUUUGAGCAGCAGCAGCAGCAGCGGAAUCCUCCACAACAAGCUUCUAGUGCUGGCAGUUCUAGGCUUAUAACAGGUUCCCAGGUUCCCCGAAGUAGUGCAAAAGCAACAUCGUCAUCAUCUACCCCGAGGCAAGAUCAAAAAUCAAAAGAUAAAUCCAAUUGUAAAAUUAUGUGACAUUUUUUGGUGGGGAAUUUGUCAAAUUGUAAGUGUAAAUUUUGUGUUUCUAACUUGUUUUAUAGCAGUACAUGUGAUGUAUCCAUUCAAAAUCCCCUCUAGAUUGGUUUUGCAUCUUGAUUUUUAUGCUUUUGGGCUGUAAAUAAUGAUGGUAUAAUAAUGCCAUAGGCCUUGCAAUGCGAAUUCCUCCUUUUUGUUUUCCUCUC